UUUCUCUCUACCAACAAAAAUGUAAAAUCGUUAUGUUGACUCCUGUGUCUGUAUUGGCUGUCAUUCCUGCACGUUUUGGCUCUACUCGAUUUCCUGGAAAGCCUUUAGCACUAUUGCGUAGUGUUCCUAUCAUAGUUUGGGUACAUCGUGCGGUGAAAAGAGCAAAACUGGUAGAUCGUGUAUUGGUUGCUACUGAUAACACUGACAUAGCGAACGAAAUAAGAAAGCAAGGUGGACUAGCAUAUUUGACGAGUCCUCACUGUAGUUGUGGGACUAUUAGAGUGGUUGAGGCUGUAAAACUAUUUUAUGAACGAGAACCUCAAGAUUGGAAUCGCUUAAGUGUUAUAGUCAACGUACAAGGAGAUGAACCAGCGGUCAAUCCUGAGCAUAUUGAUAUCGCUAUAGAGUCGUUAUUAAAGGAUAAAGAUGAAACAAACCUUCAAGUGAGUACCCUUGCUACUCCAAUUCAGUCAAUAGAAGAAUGGAGCAAUCCAAAUCAUGUCAAGGUAGUUUGCAACUCCAAACAUGAAGCCAUGUAUUUCUCAAGAUCACCUAUUCCUUAUAAAGAUGCCAACAUUGCCUUUCCUCAUCCAUUUUAUUUAAGACAUGUGGGAAUCUACGCAUUUCGAAAAUCCUUUUUAGAAAUGAUGCCUCAACUCUCUACCAGUCCUUUAGAAGCUUUGGAGAGAUUGGAACAACUGACUUGGUUAUAUCACCAAAAGAAAAUAUUGGUAAACGUGGUUCAACAUGCUUGGAGAGGUAUCGAUAGACCUGAAGAUUUGAUAUUUCUUGAAAAACAUUUGCCUAUUCAAAGGAACCAAGAAUAACGGGUAUUAUUCAUUAUUGAGUAACUUGUGUUUGCAUCAAAGUCUCGUAAUAAGCCAAAUAUUCAUCCGUAGUCAUUUCCUUUAAAUGUGAUUCCUUCACAUCUUUCAAUGCAAUCAGUUGACCUCGUACUUGUACCAUUACUUCACCAUUUUGUACUAAAAUAUCGCAAGACUUGGUAGACUCUUUUUCUUGGUCAAAUAAACUAUUCUCUAAAGUUUCCUCGAAUAACAAUGUUUCCGAUUCUUGUGAAGAAAACCAUUCGCUUUCCU